AUGGAGUUUGCUGCUUCUUCUUCUUCUAGGGUUUUUAAUAGAACCCACCAAUUCUCCAUCUUAUCAACUCCACCAAACCAAAAUCCCAGCAGCCUCUUCAAUCCAUCUUCAAAUGCUUUUAUUCACGUCUCAACGACAUCGUUUUCUUCCAGAGACUUGUCCUGCAAAUCCACCCUCAAAGACAAAGCCGCCGCCGCUAGUAUCGCUACACCUAAGAUGGCUGGAAACGGCGGUCGUGAUUUUGAGCUAUCAAAUUUGACAGCAUUAUCUCCUUUGGACGGUCGUUACUGGAAUAAAGUCAAGGAUUUGUCUCCUCAUAUGAGUGAAUACGGUCUCAUUUAUUAUCGUGUUCUCGUUGAGAUUAAAUGGUUGAUAAAACUUUCACAAAUUCCUGAAAUUAUCGAGGUCCCGAACUUUAGUGAGGAGGCUAAGGCUUAUUUGGAAGGGUUAAUUGAUGGAUUUAGCAUGGAUGACGCAUUGGAAGUUAAGAACAUUGAGAAAGUGACUAACCAUGAUGUGAAAGCAGUCGAGUAUUUCUUGAAAAAGAAAUGCCAAUCGCAUCCGGAGGUUGCCAAGGUGCUUGAGUUUUUCCAUUUUGCUUGCACAUCCGAGGACAUCAAUAAUCUUGCCCAUGCAUUGAUGCUGAAAGAUGCAAUGAAUGUGGUAGUAUUUCCUGUCAUGGAUAAAUUGAUCAAAGCCAUAUGUAAAUUGGCUGAAGAUAAUGCUUCCACUCCGAUGCUUUCUCGCACUCAUGGACAGCCAGCUUCACCAACAACUUUGGGAAAGGAAAUGGCAGUUUUUGCUGCCAGGCUAAGUGAACAAAGGCACGAAAUUUCUCAAGUUAAGAUAAAGGGGAAGUUUGCUGGUGCUGUUGGAAACUACAAUGCCCAUUUUUCAGCAUAUCCUAGUGUUAAUUGGCCUCAAAUUGCAAAAGAGUUUGUGGAAACUCUUGGCUUGUGUUUUAACCCCUUUGUUACUCAGAUUGAGCCACAUGACUACAUGGCAAGACUUUUUCAUGCAAUCAUUGUUUUUAACUCUAUAUUGAUUGAUUUUGAUAGAGAUAUAUGGGGCUAUAUAUCCUUAGCAUACUUUAAGCAGACAACCAAGGCUGGUGAGAUUGGGUCUUCCACUAUGCCUCACAAAGUAAAUCCAAUUGAUUUUGAAAACAGUGAAGGCAAUCUUGGUAAAGCCAAUGGAAGUUUAUCUCAUCUCAGUGAGAAGCUGCCAAUUUCACGCUGGCAGCGUGACUUGACUGAUUCAACUGUUCUGAGGAAUAUGGGUGAAGGCUUAGGACAUUCUCUUCUUGCCUACAAAAGUGCAUUGCAGGGAAUAGCAAAGCUUCAGGUUAAUGGAACUCGCUUGAGUGAAGACUUGAACCAAUCAUGGGAGGUUCUUGCUGAACCAAUUCAGACUGUGAUGCGCCGAUAUGGUGUUCCAGAGCCAUAUGAGAAGCUGAAAGAGCUAACCAGGGGAAGAGCAGUUACCAAAGAUAGCAUAAAGGAGUUCAUUGAAGGCUUGGAAUUACCGGAAGAAGCAAAGGAUUAUCUUUUGGAGUUGACACCCCAUACCUAUGUGGGAGCAGCUAUUGAAUUGGGCAAGACCGUUCCAAGCCGAAAACUGAAACGUUCUGCUACCAAGAGCAACUAG